CCACAACACUCAAACUCGACGUCCCCCACUACAUUUUACAGUACAGUUAGCAACACGACAUGGCAUCAUCAGCGAUUCGAUUUGUGGCAGGUACCAAAAAGUCACCCUUAGAUACUCUGUAUCUACAAUGUCAUGUGAAACCUGGCGCUUCCCGAGUUCGCGAAGGGGUCACAGCCGUCACAGACGCGACCGUGGAACUAUGCGUUUCAGCACAGGCGAAGGAAGGCGAAGCUAAUAAAGCUGUCGUGAAAUUGCUCAGUGGGGUUUUGGGCGUUCCCAAAUCAGACCUCGUAAUCACACAAGGACUCAAGUCCAGAGAAAAGACUGUCGCGUUGGGCAACGUUCAUGAUGGAGAAUCAGGUGUGGCUAGGAUCAGGAAGCAGCUUGAGAAAGCUUCGGAAGAUGGUUGAUAUAGGAGAUACCUAGGUAUACACGAAUCAACUAAAUUUCUCACUGCGAA